AUGGAAAACAAUACUAAUCACUCACGUGGAUCUACUUCUUUUUCAUCAAAUCUUAGCAUGAGCGUUACAAAUCGCUGGGCUGGUAUGAUUGAACAGUCUGUUUACAAAAAAACACGUAACUCACUGUUUCAAUUAAUAUCUUAUGUCUACAUUCAAUGUCCUUCAAUGUUCAUCAUGCAUACAAUUGUUUCAAUCUUUAGAUUGCUUCAAUUUGUAGGACCUUUGUUCUUUGUUUCCUAUAAAACACUUUGGUCCUCAGGUUCAAUGUCAUCGACAAUUGUUUCUUUAUUCAGUGUUUUCUUCCAUAUUUUUCCACCAUCUAUCCGCGAGAGCUGCACAAUUCCAUUUUUAGGUGUCUACGUUGGCUUAUUAGGUUUGUUUUUCAUUUUUACAAUUUACUGUGCAUUUUAUUACAAACAGAACGCCAAAUUACCAGAUUGGGUUCCUAUUUUCAUAUAUGUUUUCUUAAAUACAUUUGGAUAUUUAUUACAUCCAAUCGCAUUUCAGCUUGGUGGUGAAGAACUAAGCUUAUUGAUCAUGGGAAAAUCAUCGAUUAAUCAUAAGGCCAGUAUUGCAUUGCUUUGUUUAACUUUAAUUUUCUUCGGAAUUUAUACAUGGUUAAUCGCUACGAUUACAUCGACAUCAAUCCUAUUCAAUCCAACAUCUUUGCUAUCAGUUGUUGGCAGACCGCAGCUUAUGAUCUUUAUUCUAACAAACGUUGUUACGUUAUUAAUCUCUACAGGCACAAGUCUUACGAAGAUUCCUCGAUUAGUUCUUCUCGGUGUUGCUGGUAUCGGAUAUAUUAUUUCGAUAAUGAUACCAUUCAUUGAUGGCGGCUUUAUUUCAUUCUUACAUUCAAGUUUAAUCUUCGCUACAUCAAUGGCAGGACCAUUAUUAUGCAUCGGAUGCAUCGUCUUAGAAGUACUUAACGUUAAAGGUACAGAAGUUGUAAUUAUUCUCAUUCUUGCAAUAUGGGGUAUUAUGUAUGUGGUUUCUAUCCUUAUUUUGAAUGCAAGAAGGCGUAAAAUCCUCUUAUUACUCGAUGAGAUAGAAGAAAGCCAAGAAGCUUUCGAGCGUGUCAAAUCUCCAAGAUAUUUCUCCGAAAUUUGUGUCCAAGGAUUCGCAAAUGCCCAUCCGAUCUGCAUCUCCUGUACAAUCUUCACAUAUGCAACCAAUGCAUGGCAGGAUAAUGUCCUUAUUUGGGUUCUUUACGCCAAAUUUGCAACAAUUUAUCCAGAAGAAACAAUGAAAAUUGGUUGGAUACAGCAUCAAAUGAUGAGUUUGCAUAUCAAAGGUGCUACAAGCAAACACAUACAAGAAGAGAUCAUUACCAUUAUCAGGACACGUGAAAUCAACAUUUCUGCCGAGUUAAAGAAGAAGUUGAACAGAUUAAACAAAAAAGUUCAACUUGUCAAGAACAAAUUAAGACAUAUUUGGGAUCUCGUUAUACAAGGAAACACAGGAGAUAUGGAUACAUACAUCACAUUAACAUACAACUCCAUUGAAGACACAUUGGCCGAGUACAACCACAUAAUGAGACAAUAUCCAAACUCAAGAUUUGUUGCGAGAAGUUAUGCGAGAUUUAUGUUGGAAGUUCUUGCAGAUCACGAGAAAUUCAAUGAAUGGGCUGAGAAAUCGAAACUCCUUCAGCGUGGUAUCACUGUUAAACCUGAUCACGCACAUGAAUUAGGUGUUUACUAUUUCCCUAAUUUGCCACAAAAAUUAGAAGUUGGAGAAAACCAAGUCCAAGGACAAAACCCAGAUUCCGAAUCGAAUUUCAUGGAAAUGGAUGGAGAAUAUGAUGAAAAAACUGCUACAUCAAUGGAACAAUCAAUUGCUUUAAGAAGACAAAUAGAAAAUUUAAGAAUUCCUUCAACAUUCCAUUCAACAAUUCAGAGGAUUUUAAUCAUCUUCAUUUUAUUCCUUCUUCCGAUUGUUGCUGCCACAGUAUUGAUCUUUUCCAAGACAAAGACAUACAGCGAGCCAUUGACAUAUCUCCAGAGUGUUUCCUUGCUGAGAACUUAUCUCUUUAUGACUGUUUCUUUCGGUGUUCACUACAUUCACACUGAAUUAGAUCUUGUCAAACCAAUUGAAUCAAACGGUUUGGCCGGACCGUCAUCUUUAGGUGGAACAUUUAAUUUGACACAGCAAUUCAGCUACUUGUUGAAUGAACUAACGAGUACUGUACAAGAUUUGAACGGUUUGAGAGCAAUUGCACAAGGAAAUGUUGACAUGGACUCAGCAAGACAUCAUUUAUUUGGCAAUUUCUUGAAUUUCACGCAAUUCAAGAACACAACGUCCAACAAAACAGAAUUAACAUCAGUUUCCGUUGGCAUCAUGGAGAUUGUCACACAAUUGAGUCAUUUAACUGACAAAGCUUUUAAUACUUCUAUUUAUGAAGACCCUAAGAUUGUUACUCCAACAUAUAACGCUGUUCCUGUUGCAGAUGCGAUUUCUCUUUGUUUGAAUGAUAUCAAUAAUUACAUGGAUGAUCAUCACGAAUAUAUAACGAAAAUUUUGUUGAUUUUACAAAUAGUUUGUUAUAUAUUGAUACCUGUUUUGUUGUUUGUUUUCUUGUAUGUCGAAAUCAAACACAUAAACAACAACAAACUGACAAUUUACAAAUGCAUGACAUCAUUACCUAAAAACGUUGUCAGUGGUAUCAGUGAUUCAUUCAAGAUGAUGAAAGAUGAGCAACAAAGUGAAAAUGCAAGUCAUACGGAGCAAGACAGCAAAAUCAACAAACAAGAAGAAAACAUGCUUAAGAUUUUCGCUACAGCAACUGAUUCUAGUGGUUCCAAAUUCAGUGAUGCAAUUUUAAUGGUUACUUGCACUGUUUUAUCAGUUAUUUUGGCUGUUUUAAUGAUUUAUUUCAUUGAUCAACUCUUCAUGACAAUGUCUAUUUCUAUCCAUGAUUCAGCACCAAACAUGGAUAAUUUGAUGGGUGCUUUCGCUUACCAAUGCUCAAUGAUGAUGAUGCUUUCAAUCGUUUCUUCUGAAAACGUUGGUUAUUCAAUACAUGGCGAGAAAAGUGAAGAUAUUAUCACAAAAAUUAACACACAAUUGGUCAGUUCACUUGCAUAUUUCCACAAAGCUAGAUAUGGAAAAGAAGAUGGUUCUACACGUCCUUUCAAUGAAUUUAAUGAAGCCAUUGUUGAAUUGAACGAGAAAUCCCAUUGUUCGACAUCAAACAUUGUUGUUCCAAAGAAUAUGAGAGAAUCAUAUGAAUGUUUGAGUUUAGAAAUGUUGUAUUAUUCUGUGGAAACAAUUAUUGAGUCAUUGACACAACCAAUGGAACAAAAUCACCAAUUGUUCUUCCCGAAUGAAACAACGUUAACUAAUCUUUGGGAUAUAGAAACAGAGUUCCUUUAUGAUAAGUUCUUCCAUCCAAUAUUCACAGAAAUCAUUCCUUUCAUUGAAGAUUCACUUUUGAAGUCAGAAACAUCAAAAUUAAUUGUUAUUUAUGUUAUUUUUGUUUUGGAAUUAUUGGUUGAAUUAUAUGUUAUUUACCACUUCAAGAUCGAAGAACAGUACAUGAGAUUCGCCCUCAAACUAUUGUUACAUUGCACACCAUCGACAAUUACUCAAAUUCCUUUAAUUGUCAAUGUUUUGGGCGGAAACUUUAAAUCAAUAAAAGGUGACAGUACUUUAUUGAACAAACAAUUCUUCGAUGAAGUUCUUGUUCAGCUUCCUGAUCCUCUUAUUAUUGUUGAUGAGUCCGGAUGUAUUUCAUCAGUAAAUACUCAAGGACAAAGGAUGUUCCAACAACCGAAUUUGAUUGGCACAAAAAUGUCAGAAUUUUGGAGUUUGGAUGCUUUCGAAAGAUCCAUUUAUAACUUGAGAAAACAACCUCCUCAAGAAGAAGAGAUUACUUAUGUCGAUACAACGAACACUAAGUUCAAUCUCUCAGUGAAAUCCUUGUCUUUCAACCAAGUAACCGCUUAUCUUUUCAAGGAUAUAACUCAAAAUGUAAGAUAUAAUACUUUGAUCGAUGAAGAAAGAGGAAAAAGUGACAAAUUAUUAGAAAGUAUUUUGCCAGCUAAAUUAGUUAGAAGAGUACAGCAAGGAGAGAAGAACAUCUCAUUCUCUGUACAGUCAGCGAGUGUUGUAUUCAUGGAUAUCGUGUCUUUCACACCUUGGUGUGGAAGUUUGCCUGCAAACAGAGUUAUGGAAAUUUUGAACAGAUUGUAUAAAGAAUUUGACGCAAAAGUAGCAAGUUUCCCGACAAUGACUAAGAUCAAAUGCAUCGGUGACUGCUACAUGGCUGCUGGUGGUAUUUUCGCAGAGAUAAACCAACCAGCUGUUCAUGCAAAGGAAAUUGUUGAAUUCGGAAUUGAAGCAAUUGGUGCUGUAGGUGUUGUGAAUGAAGAAACGAAACAAUCACUACAGAUUAGAGUUGGUAUUAACACGGGUGGACCUUUGGUUGCUGGUGUUUUAGGCUCUGGUAAACCAACUUUCGAAAUCCUUGGUCCAACAAUUAACAUGGCUCAACAAAUGGAGCACCAUGGUGUUCCAAUGCAGGUACACAUAUCUAGAGCUGUCUAUGAACUGAUUUACGGCGGUAAUUUCAAGAUUAAGGAAAGAGGUCAGAUCGAGAUUAAGAAUGGUACAGUUGUAACAUACCUUGUAUCACCAUAA